CUGAGCACGGUCGUGUUUGGGGUGUAUUCAAUGUCGAAGCUAUUUCAGUGAUACCCGUCAAUUGUGUACAAAAUUAUUUCAUAGUCAAUUCCUGCCUUCCAUUUAGACUGUAGUAUCCAUAUCCCUCACUCAUCUUAUAUAACUUCUAUUUAGUAUAUAUUUGAUUUUGUAUGUAAUACAUAAAGAGGCUUUACAAUAUCGAAAUGUGCAAGAUCUUAUGAAAGCCGGUAGCGUCAGAGGCGCCAAACCUUUUCCCGUGGCGUGUGUAAGUUACGUAACUGUUCCGGGCAAAAUCGAUAACCGAGGCGUAUAAAUAGCGAACUAAAGUUGAAAACAGCUGGCCGGUCGCCAGCCAUGCAGCCUUCGAGAAUGCGAAAACCGCGCCGACACCGUUGGUUGACGGUGUCGGUGUUCUUCAUCGCGUACUCCGUAUUCCAAGCUGUGUUGAGCAAUGCGUCCGAACCGGCUGACCCGAUGGACAAAACACCAGAAACUGGCAAAGUAUCACCAGCCCCUGAGUUCAGUAAAACGACAAACGCUGAAGGUCCUAAAGUGUCAGACGUAACACCAAUGGUAUCAAAUAAAGAAGAAAGUACAAAAGUCGACGGUAAGAAAGCUAUGAAGGGUCUUGACGUUGAAGACGAGGGUGAGAAGAAGAAACAGAAGGACGCAGGUUAUGAGGAUGAUAAGACUACGAUAGAGAUUCGCGACGAAGAAGAAAAGGAGGAAGAAAUCGAUGCUAUACCCACCGUCCACCCUCUCCGGAACUGCACACCACCAGCCAUCGAACAGUUUCCGCGGCCAUUAAUGGGCCAGACGGCGCGCCGACACGGCGGUCUCAUCCUCCACAUCCUGGUCGCAGUCUUCACCUUCAUCGGCCUGGCUAUCGUCUGCGAUGAAUAUUUUGUCUCAAGUCUGGACAGGAUCUGCGAAGAGUUGAAGCUUGCUCCGGACGUUGCGGGUGCGACGUUCAUGGCGGCGGGCAGUUCUGCCCCUGAACUUGCUACCGUCGUCAUCGGUGUCUUCUGUGCCCAAGAUGAUAUUGGCGUGUCGGGUGUUAUCGGCUCGGCGGUGUUCAACAUAAUGUUCGUGAUCUCGGUGUGCGCGCUGUGCGCCGGCACGGUGUCUCAUCUCAACUGGUGGCCGCUCUGUCGCGACUGUUUCUUUUACGCCGUCUCCAUACUCGUCAUGCUCUGCACUAUCGCCAAUGGUUACGUGUCCUGGCCUGAAGCGUUAUUCAUGCUGAUAAUGUAUGGCGUAUACUGCGUGGCGCUGAGGUUCAAUAACGCCUUGGAAAGAUGGGCCUUGACCCUCCCUCUGCCCUUCAAGCUACCUUCGAGGGAGGAACAAGCGGCGCUCGUUACAUACAAAAGUGCGGGUGGUCAGCCACCGAGUGCGCCCGCAGCGGAAGGCCAGUACACGCAAAUGGAGGGACAGGACAACGACGCUACGAAACAAUCCACUGCGUACAACCCCGAUGGAGCUUACGACAACGUAGCGUACAAUGCGGAUCCCACCGCCGCCUGGGACCCGAGCCAGGCCUGGGAUCCGGACCGAGCCUGGGACGAGACCGCGCUGCAACAGCCCGCGGCCGCGCCCGCCGCGUCGGGCUGGGGCGACGCCGCGCCGCCGCCGCAGGCCGCCACGUCGCCCGGGCAGCCGCCCGCCCCACAGGCACCAGCACAACCGGCUUACUACAAAGCCAAGGAAUACAAUCCAGAAACAGCAAUCGAUCCUCUUGUAAAGCCAAUCGGAGCCAGCGUGGUGCAGCUAGCGUGCUGGUACGUGGCCUUCCCCGUCCAUUGGUCAUGUCGCCACACGAUGCCUGACUGCCGUGGUCGCUGGUAUCCUAUCACCUUCAUCAUCUCUAUGCUAUGGAUCUCUUUCUACUCCUACUUUAUGGUGUGGAUGAUAACUAUUAUCGGGUAUACACUUGGCAUUCCCGAUACGGUGAUGGGUCUGACGUUCGUGGCUGCGGGUGUAUCCGUUCCGGAUGCACUUUCCUCCCUUGCAGUCAUCAAAGAAGGUUACGGCGAUAUGGCAGUUUCAAACGCAGUCGGUUCCAACGUCUUCGAUAUUCUGGUCUGCCUCGGCUUGCCGUGGUUCAUUCAGACCGCCAUCAUCCAGCCCGGCAGUCAUGUCAACGUCAUUAGCAAAGGUUUAAUCUACUCAACGCUGUCCUUGUUCUCAACGGUCAUAUUCCUCGUGGUAGCGACUCACGCCAACGGCUGGAAACUCGACCGCAAGUUCGGCGCCGUACUGAUGGUGUGGUACCUUCUGUUUAUAACCCUCGCAAGUCUCUACGAGCUCAACGUCUUCGGUAACUACCAUCCACCAGACUGCGAGUCCAUUUAUUAAAUACUUGAAACUUCGGUAGUUUAUACUUAUUCUUUGUAUGAAGAAACUUUGCUUCGAAUUUAAUACAUGACUUAUUUCAGUGUGACCAGUGUAAAAUAUUCUUUCUAUUAUGAUUUUAAAAUUUCAUGUGCAAAAAGUAUUUAUUUACUCUAGUCAUUCAAUUAAUUUAUAGUCUUUAAUGUUUAACAAGUAAAUUAAAAUAUUUACAAAAGACCUAAUAAGCAAAGUUUCUUGUCCUGCAAACAAGUUAUAUUUAUAGGUCUUAGUCAUCCGUUAAAAAUAUUUACAACUGUUGAUACGUCACUAGAUUAGAUUUCGAACUCUCUCGUUAUUUCGUAUAUUGUGUGUAUGGUGAAUUUUACACUUUAAUUUAUUUAAUAUAGCUUAUUAAAGAGUACCAGAUUAGCUUUAUGCUGAGAUUUUUUAUAUAUCUAGAAAGUGUCGCACUACAAAAGAACUAAAACGAUCGAUCCAAGUUUAUUAUCUUAGCGUGUAUGACAACUAUACGCUUGACACUAGCCAAACGGCACACUACUUAGUGUGCGUGUACUUAAAAAAAUAGUUUUCGCUUUGACAUCCUAUCUAGACAUAUAAACGAUCAAAAGCUUUAUGAUGUAAGAUAAAAUAAUUUAUGAAGUUGAAUAAUAAAUAUUUCAUUUUAUUUUUAGUUAUUUUAUGGAAUUAGUAAUCUGUGUUACUUAUAGAUUUAUUCACUUGCCAUAAUUUUACGAAUAAAUGAAACAUCGAUUGUAGCUUCUAUCUGUAUUAAUAAGAUUAGGAGUUUAUUUGAUUAGAUGUGCGAGUUAAAAUUGAAAUGAAUGAUAGAGCUGUCAUCCUUCUGGUUUAUUCUUGGCUAUGUGUCCGUUUUAAAGAAUCGGCGCAAAACUCCGAACAUUUUAUUGUACUAUCAUAGUUGUCAGCUUUAAAAUAAAACUAUUUAAAUAGUACGUUUAAAUAUCGAAUAAUUUAUUUUUCAUUUAGAUAUAGUAAGUAAUUCAAAACGGAUGUUUUCUUCUUGACAUGGUUUGAAGAUUAAGCAGCUCUAUGUAAAAGUAAAGUAUUUUAUUUUUGUAAAUAAUCUAUUUCAUUCAUCGUUAAGUUGUGCAAUUCAAAUAUACAAUUGUUAUUUUUUAAAAAUAUCAAUUUUUAACUCAAUAUAUUAGUUUUUUAUCUGCAAUUUAUUACUAAGUAUGAAUUGUAUUUCACGCACAAAAAAAUAUGACCUUAAAUGAAUACCGUCGUCUCGUCGUGAAAUAAAGUAACUUGGGAAGAUUUAUAUAAUGCUAUUCUUUGUGUUUCUAUGAAAAUAAAACAAAGAAAACAGUUUAAAUUUUUUAUAAUGUAGAUACUAUAUAUAAAUGAAUUUUAUGAAGUGAAAUUAUAAAUUAUUUCGAAAACGAUCGUCUAUAAAUUCAACGAAAUGGAUUAACAAUUUUCAUGUUUGACGAUUUCAUAAUAUAAUUUAUGUAAUUUUAUUACACUUAAUACAUAGUUACGUUGAAUUAUUUUAAGCGUAAGUUAUUAUGAUUGCAACGCAAGGCGUUAAGAGAUACUAUAUUUGUUAUCGUAU